CUGCGACCUUUUUUCCGGUCCAAUCUCUUCAAAUUCCACUCAUAUGCUACAGUAAUUCCAAAAACGUUUGGCUUCAUUUGAUUUGGUUGUGGGUUGGUUUCACACCACCUGAUUUAGGUGUCACUACUAUUAAUCCUUUGAAUCUUUUCACCCCACCCCACCAAUCACCCUGUCACAUAUCAACCAUUUUGUCCUAUUUCAUAUAUUUUUCCUACUUUAUUUCCUCGAGGAGAUUAAAAUCAUUAAAUUACAUUUCAUUGAUUAUAGUUUACAGCAAACUGUUUGGCGUUUCUUCUUCUUUGUCGGCUGUUCUUUGUUGAUCGGCUGUUCUUUGUUGACCCAUAUUUUUCUUUACCAAAUACUGUCCAAUUUUAGGUACAUUCAUUAGACACUUUGGUUUCACAAAUCAGUUUUGUUUCAAUCAAGAGGUCCAUUUUCCUGGUUCUUACAGUCGAUCAAUCAUUCGUGUUUAGUACUUUGAUUUGUCUGUAAGUGGGUUUCAAUCAAGAUCACUUUUGUUGCUGUUUUUCUCUCAGACAAUUUAUCAAACACCUGGUGGGCGCUUUCUUGGUGGUUAAAGUCUGAAUUUUUUUAGUUGAAUUGUUAUUGGUUUAUACAGUCGAUCAAUCAUUCGUGUUUAGUACUUUGGUUCGUCUAUAAGUGGGUUUCAAUCAAGAUCGCUUUUUGUUGCUGUUUUUCUCUCAGACAAUUCAUCAAACACCUGGUGGGCACUUUGUUGACAAGAUUGUAAGGGAUGAAAGGGAGAUUUGGGGCAUCAGAGACUUAUUUCCUGUUAAAUACAGGAGCCAAAAUUCCUGCAAUAGGGCUAGGAACUUGGCAAAGUGGUGGUGACUUCUGUGUUGAAGCUGUGAAAACCGCUUUAUCGGUUGGUUAUCGUCAUAUCGACUGUGCACACUUGUACGGGAAUGAAGCUGAGGUUGGGGAAGCUUUAACCGAGUUUUUUAGAGGUUCAAUAAAAAGAGAGGAUCUUUUUCUAACUUCAAAGAUUUAUUGUUCUUUGAAUUCGAUUAACAAGAUUGAAAAUUCGGUUAGAGUUUCGCUUAAGAAUCUUGGCGUGUCGUAUUUAGAUCUUUAUUUAAUGCAUUGGCCCGAGAGUUCGGCUUUUGGUGAUGCCACUGAUCCGCCUGCGAAUUCGGGUUCUGAAUAUCGACAGUUUUUGAGUAAGUUGAAAACUGCGUGGAAAACGAUGGAACGGUUGGUUGAAAUAGAUCUUGUUCGCGCUAUUGGAGUUAGUAAUUUUAAUAUACAUCAGAUUAAAGAACUGCUCAAGUUUGCUAAAAUUAUACCUGCAGUCAAUCAGGUGGAAUUACAUCCAUUUUGGAGGCAAGAUGAGCUUGUAAAAUUCUGUCAGUCAAAGUUUAUACAUGUGUCUGCACACACACCGCUUGGAGUACCGACUUCAGCUCCUAAACCGUCUGAAAGUGGAUCAAGUGAAGAAGAUGAACCUGGAACGCCUCGUAUAUCUUUUAGACGUUCCAGAUCGGUUCACGGGCCAAUGCUGAAGCUUUCUGUCGUUGCAGAGAUAGCAGACCGACAUAAAAAGACUCCCGAACAGGUUAUUUUGCGAUGGGGUCUCCAAAGAGGGACAAGCGUCCUUCCAUGCAGUGUGAAGCCUGAGAGAAUAAGAAAAAACAUAGACAUAUUCGACUGGAGUUUAUCCGAUGACGAGUAUCAACGGUUGAACAAGAUUGAGCCACAAGUAUGUCUGUUUGGAAAUGGUCUACUGGAUACUAUCUCAGAGGACAAUGGUUCGAUAUUUAGAAGCGGUCCACUUCAAGCGGUUCAUGAAUCUGAAGAUGAUGUUGAGUUCCACUCAUGAUCGAUGCUGGUUUGUGUGUGUGCGUGUUGAUGUUAAAUAUGCAUAAACAUUUUUUGAUUUUGUUAUGUUAUGGUAAGAUUAAGAUGUUUGUGUUGAUGUUGAUUUGGUGGAUUAUCUUCUUUGGAUUAUAGAUUGUUCUGAAGAUUCUUGUCAUGUACAAAAAUGUCUGUAGAAACAUUGUUGAUGGUGAUGAUUGUAUUGUGUAAAUUUAUCAUAUGUUGGUCAAUCACAUUUUAUAAUUUAAAGAUAAAA